UUAAAUAGAAUGUUCGUUUAUACUAUUCCUAAAAUUUUGACAGAAAAAAUUGUCAAAAAAAACCUAAUUAUAUGUCAUUAUUGUUGUUAUAAAAGAAAGAUACAGAUUGGUGUGUGCUUUUCUGUCGUGGUCGUUUCUUCAGUUGUUUUCUUCUUGACCGUGUCGUCUGACAAUUUUUGUUGCAACAACUGAUUGUUUUUGUUCCCUCGUUACAUGCAGAUUAUGCUCUAGUUUAUUCAAUCUUCACCGUACUAUUUCAUAGAGAUUUUUCGAGUUAUUCAGAAAAGACAAUUCAUUUUACGAAAUUCUAAUCCCAAAAUCAUAGCCAAGUUUAUUCUUAAUAUGCAAAACUUAGCUCAACGUCGUAACGUGGGUAUCAAAAUCCUCACUACAUUACCUUCGAAUGAGGCAUUCUUAAGUUCUCCUGCAUCCCCAUCACCAAUCAAUAUCUCCAUCAACACAGAUGACGGCACCAGUAAGAGUUGGAUUGCCAUUCAAAAGGAACCCAAUGUCAUCGAUCAUCACCAGAAUGACACAGUGAAAUCUAACAGUUCUCAAUUAUCAAGAGAAAACGAAGCGGUUAAUAACACAACCACGUCCAUCAAGCGAAGUAAUAGCAGUAAAAAGGAAAAGAAAGUGUUCCCUCCUCCUAUACCAUCUCUAGCACGGACACAGAACCUGGCUUCGCACAUGCCAUGGGUAUUGAGAAGGUACUACACAAGCGAAGGAAGGUUGAUUCUCAAAGAGGAAAAGGUGAGGCAUCAUGAGUACUUUCGAGUACAUAGGGCCAAUGGUAGACUCACCUUGAAGCUUGUUCAUCUUGACAACAUCAACAACAAAGAUUAUCAAGAGAUCACUGAAGGCUCUCAUAAUAAUCAUACUGCAUUUGCUCCUAACAAAUUUGCAGCUGAAGAUAAGGGUAAUGAAGAAUUACUACAUGGCCAAAAUAAUGAAAAUGGUGUUGUAGUAUGUGGCAGCAAUAAUGGUAGACUAAAGUGCAUGAACUUCAAUUGUUUGACAUCACCAUCUCCUCGAAGCCGGUGUACUUUCGAAGUGAAGAUGCACCCGGCAAUUAGAACGGUUCAUGGUUGAUUACCGUCUUGUUAACCUAUUCAACUUUGUUUCGUUAUGCCUAUGUAUUUUUUGUUUUUUCUUAAUUUUUUUUUAAGUUGGAAAGGAUGCAAUUUAACAAUAUUUGCACCAAUUUUUGGACAUUUAAAUAUUACAUUUUUAUUAAAAGAAAUUGUGUGUAAAGUAUAUUUAUGUUUUUUUCA